AGCUAUGGAACUAUCGAUGUCUGAGUACAUUGGGUUUUCUUUUUAUCUUUGGAUGAUACAUUGAGGUAGAUUUCUGAAUUUGUAUUUUUUUUGGAAGAUUUUGCUUUUGUAUGCAAUUUCAUUUGAGGUUUGCUUUCAAAGAUUGAGACGGAGAAUUUGUUGGAAGGGUGAUUUUGAAUUGUAGUUCACGAAAUUGUCGCCUUGGAAGAGAUGGAGAAAUGCAAAGAACAGAAGAUUGCUCCACAGCAUAAGAGUGCGUGGUUUGGAUUCAUCAAGGUAUGUUUUCUAUCUGCAUUCAUAUGAUUCUUCUCUUCAGAAUCUGGUUGCACGACGAACAAUAGGAAGCACAUGCUCGGCACGGACGUAGCUGCGCGCAUAGAUGAUUUCCUGUCGUGAGCUUCCUAGCGUUCGAUUGAAAUAGCUUCACUGCACAGACAGGAUCUCGGAAUAGGUAUAUCCCCUAAUACUAACAAUCCAUUCCUCUAGUCCAUUGCAACAUUCAAAGGCGACCUCUCAACUCUCACAGCACCUCCAUUCCUUCUCUCACCACAAUCAAUUGUCGAGUUUCCUACCUAUUGGGCAGAACACCCUUCUUUAUUCAUUGCACCUACACACUCUGAAUCUCCUGAAGAAAGAGCAUUACUAGUAUUGAAAUGGUUCAUUAGUACGUUGAAAUGGCAACACAAUACUAGAGAUGAGAAUGGGAAAAAGAAGGGGAUGAAACCUCUAAAUCCAUUUCUUGGAGAGUGUUUUAUGGGUUCUUGGGAGGAUGAUGGAGAAGGAACUGGCAAAACAGAAUUGGUUGCGGAGCAAGUUAGGUGAGUUUUGAUUAUUCGGGCAGACGAGAGAAGGAAGUGCUAAUACUCAAUAGUCAUCAUCCCCCGGCUACAGCAUACAAUAUCUGGAAUGAAAAGCAUGGCGUACAAGUAAGUACCUCUCAUACUCGUCAAUCCCAUUACCCCUCUUUACUAAUCUCCUCUUUCUCUAGCUUCAAGGCAUCAUAGCUCCACAAUCCUACUUCAGCUCAACAGUACAUAUCGAACGCCGUGGAUACUCUCUACUAACCUUCUUCCAACACAAUGAAACACAUUUAAUUACCAUGCCACCCAUACAUCUUACAGGUCUCAUGUCUGGUUCUCUAAGUCCUGAAUUAAGCGGCACUUCUCAUAUUCGUUCGUCAUCCGGUUUCACAACUCGAAUAUCUUACUCCUCGAAAGGUUGGAUUAGUGGGACACCUAAUACAUUUUCCGCGAUCAUUUAUAAAGAAUCUGAGAAUACCCCGGUAUUCAAAGCCGAAGGGCAAUGGAGCGAUAAAUUCAACGUGAAGGAUAUGAGAUCUGGAAAGAUUGUUAUGGAAUUCGAUGCGAAUUCAUUGAAGAGGAAAUCAAUAAAAGUAAAACCACUCGAACAACAAAAAGAAUAUGAAUCGAGGAGAGCUUGGCGUCACGUUACACAAGCUAUUAACGAAAGUGAUAUUUUCAAGAUUGGAAAGGAAAAAGGGAGGAUAGAAAAUGAACAGAGGGAAAUGAGGAAAAAGGAAAAAGAUGAGGGGAAAGUAUGGGAGAGGAGAUUUUUCGUGAAAAGGGGGAGAGAUGAAGUUGCGGAAAGAUUGGCAAAUGGUUUAGAGGGUUUGGAUUUGGAUAGUGGAGCUGGAAUUUGGAAAUGGGAUAUCGAUAGGUAUAGGGCUAUAGAGGUAGGGAGUAAGGGGAGAAUGAGAGUUGGGGAUAGUAAAAUGGAUGCUGGGAAUGGAAUGAGGGGUCCUUUGGUAUCGAGCCGGAAUUUGGGUGUUAUGGUUUAGUGGAAGUCGUUAUGGUGCAAGGCGGGAUUAAGACAGAGCUCUAAUGAGCUCGGUGAAGGGGUUUACGAAUGCGAAAAUGCAGGGAUAGUUUGUUAAUUAAAUGAAAAUCUAAAAGGACGACGACUGUUGGCCGUUAUAGCCUGUGUUAUAAAGUGUAAUACUUUACUUUUGGACCACCCUUCUUUUGAAUCAUCUUUUUAUAUUGAAAAUAAUGAUUUUU